GCUGCCGGGAUCUGUGACAUCUGCCAUGUCGGUGGUGUUCUCGGAAGGUGCGUCACCAUCACUGGUGACCAUGGACGCCGAUGUGCUCCUCUCCCUCUCCCAAGACCACCGCCACACACAGCAGCAUCUCAUCGAGGAGCUCACCAAGCAGCGUGAUGAGUUGAGGGCUGAGCUGGAUGACUACGAGCGACGGCUGGAUGACGCCGAGCAGCGCGAUCGAGAUGCGGAGGCCCAGAUCACGGACCUCGAGGCCCAGCUGGCAGAGGAGAAGGCCUCGGUGACCCUGCACAUGCAGCAGCGGGAUGACUCCGACUACCGGCUGGAGAAGGCAGAGGCGCGCAUCGAGGAGCUCGAGGCUCAGCUGGCUCAGCGCAAACAGACCGAUCUCGGCCCGCUCGUCCCCCAGACCAUCGUGUGGAUGGGCGGCCUCUAUCACGGGCAGGUCUUAUUCGGCAAGCCUGACGGCCUUGGGGUGCUGCGGACUCUGGACGGCGACAAGAAGAUCUACGAGGGAGGAUGGAGCAACGGCCGGCUCUUCGGGCGGGGCCGCGUGGAUUACCGCCUCACCAUGCCGGACCGCUCAACAUACAAGGGGGACACAUUCGACGGCCUGCCGCACGGCCAUGGCGUCUGCUACCACUUCUCAGCCCCCGACAAGGUCGAGUACAUCGGCGGGUGGGCCAACGGCGAGCGGCACGGCCAGGGGAGCGCCUACAGUCCGGUUGGCGGGUGGGAAGUGUUCCGGGGGGAGUUUGUGUGGGGGAUGGCAUACAAAGGGGUGUUCUUAAGUGACGGCAUCCAGUACCCGUGGCGAGCCGGUCAGAGAAUUCCUACCGGUGGCAAGCGGGAGAUGUGGGGGGGUGUGCCUUCUUGGCUCCCGAACGUGUGAUUGCCCUCCCUGCGUGUGGAUGGCCUUCAUUGCGUCUCGGCCUUUUUUCCUGUAUGUCAUUGAUUGAUGUACCAUGUGUGGACGUGGCGAGCAUGCCGCUGCCGUCAGUCAGGUAACUCGUUUUUCCCUUGCUGUCUCUCCAUGUGAGAGGGAUUUGUGUAGGCAGGUGUCCGUAUCUAUCUAGUCGUGUGUGCGAAGCUUUAUGCAGUGAGUGCAACAGGGGAAGGAAGGG